AUGAUAAUUGAAAAUACAUACAGAAAGCAUCUUCAAACCAUCUAAUAAAUUAAUGAUAACUAAUUUACAAGUUAUAACUCACUCAAGCAGAAGCAGGAAACAAAGUAUUAAAUUUAAACUACCUAAUUUCAUUAACAUUUCUAGAUGUGA